AUGUGUAUCAGCCGAAGAUGGAGAAAAUACAUGUUAGAUGUGAGAAAUAGAAGAGGAGCAGACAUAGAUAGUGAUCACGAGCUGCUGACAGGCGAUAUCAGGCUGAAAAUCAAAAGAAAAAGGCACUAUAACAACAGAAACAAACGCUUCAAUAUACAGAAACUCCAGAACUCCCAAACUGCUUGCAGAUAUACCAGUAGAAUGCGUGAAAAGUUACCACUUGACCAAGAACACCUGUGGGAAGAAAUUGUGACUAAGAUUCAAGAGACUGCCGAAGAAAUACUAGGUAGAAAACAAAUACAACGCAAAACAUGGAUCUCUGACGAGACUUGGGACCUCAUCAAUAAAAGGAGAAAUGCUAAGCAACUAACGAUCAAUGAAAACAACAACAAGUCUCCACAGUACCAGAGCUUAGCAAAACAAGUAAAGAAGACUGCUAGAAGAGACAAACGGAGAUAUCUCGAAAGGAUGGCGUCCCAGGCGGAGCAACACGCCAACCAGAACAACAAGCGUGGCUUGCACCGAAUAAUUAAUAAUCUCAACGGGCAAAAAGAAAACACAACCCGCCCUGUCAGAGACUGUAGCGGUAACCUAGUGACAAAUGAAGAGGCCCAGACAGAAAUAUGGAAACAGCAUUUCGAAACAAUUAGCAACGUAACACAUACGACCAGCGAAGAAGUGCAUGAUAGUAACCCAGUCAGAAGACAAACAAACUUAAGAAUUUCUGAAGAUCCCCCAAAUAUUAGCGAAAUAAAAACAGUCAUACAAAAACUCAAACAUAACAGGGCUGCAGGCAGUGAUGGCAUAACAGCGGAAUUACUUCAGAACCGCUUAAGGGAAAAACUAGAGGAAACAAUACGUGAAGAACAGGCUGGAUUCCGCCCACAUCGGAGUUGUGUCGAUCAAUCAAAUACGCUUCGAAUCAUAGUCGAACAAUCAAUAGAGUACAGAACACCAUUAUACAUGCUCUUUAUAGACUACAAGAAGGCUUUCGACACAAUUAUGCGCGAUGCAAUAUGGAAAGCGUUAAAAGAUAGGGGAACCCCAGACAAAAUAAUCCGCCUGAUCCAAGCACUGUACGAAGAAGCCGAGCUCGCAGUAUUACACCGAGGAAAAAUAAGCGAAUCCUUCACCACCCAGUCAGGAGUCAAACAAGAGAAGGGGCAUAAUCUGGAGUCUCACUCAACAUCUGGAGGAUCUAGAUUAUGCGACGUGCUUAUUAAACUUGUGGGGUUAAAUAUAAACAUAGACAAAACAAAGGCGAUGAAAAUAAACUCUACUAGCACAGCCAGUCUGGAACUCAAUAACCAACAAAUAGAGUUCGUUAGCAGCUUCUGCUACCUGGGCAGCAUCAUAACACCAGAGGGCGGGGCCCAAGAAGAUAUAGACAACAGACUGAAGAAAGCAAGAGCGGCGUUCGGUAGACUGCAGCCAAUAUGGAAAAGUAGCCAGAUAUCCAGAACGACUAAGGGUUCAACAAGACCUGGACGCCCCAGAAACACCUGGCGUAGAUCUGUAAAAUCAGAACUAGAAAACGCAGGUCUAACAUGGAGUCAAGUCAAGCAAAUAGCCCAAAAUAGAACAAGAUGGAGAUGUCAAAUGGAGGCCCUAUGCUCCCAAGAGGAGUAA